CUCAGCCUCCACCAGUGCGUGGGAGAGAGAGAGAGAGAGAGAGAGAGAGAGAGUGCGAGAGUGCGCAUGGCUUUCCACUGCACUCUCCACCAAUUCUUCGGCGUAACGCUCCUUGUUUUGCGCGUGGCUUCGGUUGCAAUGGCAAGUCACGGCAUAUAUUACAGUGCGUUAAGUCCGAGUCACGAGUCGUGGAUGAGGAUGUAUCACCGUACGUACCCUAAUGAAACAGUGAAAGAAAAGCGUCACAAGAUCUACGCAGAAAACGUCAAGUUAAUCGACUCCUUCAACCAAAAUCGUCACAAGAACCACAAGUUCACACUGAAAGCUAACAAGUUCGCCGAUUUAACCCACGAGGAAUUCACCAAGACUUACACCAACCGGGGGCUCUCGUACUAUCGACGUGGUGGUCGUCUAUACCGGCCGUCCUUGCCUGGUAACCGCAGUACACCUCAACCUUAUAGCAUUAACUGGAGGGACAAGGGCGCAGUCACUGAUGUCAAGUCUCAAGGAAAUUGCGGUUCUUGUUGGGCGUUCGCUGCCGUAGCAGCAAUAGAAGGCAUCAUUCAGAUUAAGACAGGUAAAUUAGUAUCGAUGUCAGAGCAAGAGCUCGUAGACUGUGUGCCGCCGCAAAAAGAGUGUAGGUCGUCAUGCGACUGCGGCUAUGUAACAAAGGCUUUUGACUUUGUGAUCGACAACGGCAGUCUGACAACUGAACACAACUACCCGUACAAGGGAGUUCCUGGAGCCUGCAAUUUCAGUCUAAAUUCUGCUACUUUUCAGACUCAAGCUGGUGGCGUUACUAUAAGCAAAUAUGAGUGGGCUGAAGAUGAGAAGGAACUUUUGGAGGCUGUGGCCAGGCAACCGGUCACGGUCUCUGUCUCGAUACUUGACCAUAAAAAAUUCUUCCAUUUGUAUGGUGCUGGUGUCGCCACUGACAUUGGUUGCGGAGAUGAUGAUGAAGUCAAUCAUAGCAUGACGGUGGUGGGCUACGGCACUGAUCAGAAUGACACCGACUACUGGCUCUUGAAGAACUCGUAUGGAUCAGGAUGGGGGGACAAUGGGUAUAUAAAGAUGGCUAGAGGUGUGGAUGGAGGAAUUUGUGGAAUCAUCAAGGAAGCCGUAUACCCAGUUAUCACCUGACCGCGCAAAGAGAUUGCUCGAUGUAUGAUCCACGGCUACUCAAUAAUAGAGGAGAUAACAGAAUUGUACUACUUUAAUUGUUCUUCCUCUUCAACGUUGUACUGUCUUACAUAGUUACCUUGUUAUGAUAGUCACAUGAAAUAUAAUAUAAUAGAGUGCGUAA